UCUGCCCUUCGAUGUCCGCGUACCGAAUGCCAUUGCGGUAGCCGUGGUCGUGGGUGAUAGAAGGACAAACCUGGACUGCAAGUGUGACCGCUGGAUGAGCAAAGUUCACAUGCUAAAACACUGGGGCAACAAGCAGAAGCUGACCGUCUACGCUAAAUAUGCCGCCAAGGAUACCGAGUACAGCCGUCUACUGGAGUACGCGCUAGCCAUGUAA